AUGUGUGUUUCGUACUACAGCUUAAUAAAUCAUCUUCUAUGUGGUUGGGAUGUGUGGCUCAAGGCUGCAUCCUCUCGCAUCACUUGGACACAGCUCAGUGACCUCAUCGUCGGCUCAGAGUAUCGCUUCCGUGUCAAGGCUGAGAACGCUUAUGGAGUGUCAGAACCUGGAGAAGAGUCUGACAAAAUCCUCUUCGAAGAAGCUAAGAGUCCUACAGGGUCCUUCGAGUACGAGACCUACAAGUCCACCACCACCGUCGGCUCCUCGCUGCCCAAGGACUCUGCCAUUUUGGUCAAAGGUGACAGCUCCUCCUUCGAGUAUGGAGACUCUGGCGAGAGCUCAGCCGUUGGCUCCUUUGACAGUGCGGGAAGAUCAAAGAACAGGGCACAACUCUUGGGUCAGGGCGCCUCAGACGAGGUUGAGUCCUCUCUUGCCAGCUCUAGUGGAGGACAGGAACCUUCCCUUGACCUUGGCAGCUCUAGCGAGAAACCGCCUUCCUUUGAUUACAGUAGUUCUAGAGGGCCGUCCUUCGAGGUGCCCUCAUCAGGGGAGAGAGGACCAUCGUUCGAGGUUGAGUCUUCAGUAGACAGAGGAUCAUCCUUUGAAGUUGGAUCUUCCAUGGAACGUGGUGCAUCUUUUGAUUUAGAAUAUUCAAGACAGAAAUAUGAAUCUUUCCAAACGGGAAGUUCAGUGGAACAGGAGAGUGGGUCAAUGGACAGAGAAGUAGCCAUCCAAGUCACGGGCUCGGACGGACGGCCCGUGAGUUACCUCCCUGUUGGAGGUUCUUAUGAGCUGGCUUCGUCACUGGACCGUUGCGACCCCGCCGAGGAUGAUCGGUACCUGGGUAUGAGCGACUACAUUAGGUCCGGUGGAUCUGCGGGAGGAUCCCUGGACCUAAGUGGUUCAGCCGGUGAGUCAGUGGACCUUGGUGGUUCCUUAGAUAGUGAGGAAGUUCCAAUGCCACCGCCUCGCGUGCCCAGGAAGGGAGGCCGAUCUCCUGCUGUGCCUCCUUCAGUAUUGCCAGCCGGGGUGGCCGAGGAACAUGACACGGUGCCCACCCCACCCCCUAGGUCUCGUCGUCCAGGCUCACGGACCUCCACUGUCUCAGAGUCCUCAGUGCUUGGAGUAGACGAUGUGUCAUCCUUCUGUACCCUGGGGGCGGAGGGUGGCAUAGACGUAGCGCCCACCCCACCACCUAGGAGCCGCAGGUCUGGCUCUCGAGCCUCCAUAGUAACGGAGUCUUCUGGCUUUGGACGAAAGCCAUUGUCAGCAUCUGAGAACCUGAGACGGGCCGCCCCAGAGUCCAUGGAGUUCGAGGAAGGUGUGGAGGACCUCCCCUCCCCGCCCCCUCGCAGUAGCCGCCGCCCCGGGUCCCAGACCUCCGAGGCGUCCCAGGCGUCCACGGUGACCUUGGAGACCCAGUGGGAGAUCGAGGCCUCCCAACCCACCGCCUCGCGUGUCUCCGACGUGGCCGACAUCGUCAGCGCCCAGGCAGCCCCAGAUAGCACACCCUCGCCUACAACUACAUCUGGCGGGUCGGUGAAGCCACGGAUGGAGGCCGUGACGGUGGUGGCGGGAGGCGAGGCUGUUCUCGUCGUCUCCCUCGAGAACGUCCAGGCGGCCAAGAUCACCUGGCAGAAGGGUGGUCGUGAGGUAACAGCCGGACCUCACUACACCACCACAGAAACACAACAAGUGGCACAGCUCGUCAUCCAUGGUGCCACCUCUCACGACUCUGGCACCUACACCGCCGUCGUCACCAGGCACGAUGGCACCCAGGCGCGGGCGGCGGUGGCCCUGCAGGUAGUGAGUCAGAGCACCCCCACCAGGCUGGAGGCUCCUACCUUCGUCAGGAGCUUGAGUGACCUGGCAGCUAAAGUGGGCACCCGAGUCCGGUUCCUGGUGGAGCUCCGUCAAGCACACGAUGUUAAGGUCUACUGGUACCACAACAAUGUGGAGGUGUCGCAGGACUCGAGAUACCGGGUACUGCACGAAGGCAACUUCUUCUGUGUGGACAUCUCCCCCCUCAGCGUGGCGGACGAGGGACCCUGGAAGUGUGUCGCCGAAAACUCUUCCGGCCAGGCCUCCAGUAGCGCCUCCCUCAGGGUCAUUGUCCCCAAGGGAUACAAGAAACCCGUGUUCCUGGACGAGCUGGAGGCGCUUCUCACCUCUGAGGGCACCGUCAGCCUCGAGUGUAAGGUGGUCGGGGUACCCACACCUGUCCUCAAGUGGUACAAAGAUGGUGUCGAAAUCAAAGCUGGAGAUGUGUUCGCGCUCACUGCCAACGCCGACGACCCCACCUCUCUGGGGACGUACACCUGCGAGGCCGUCAACUGUAUGGGCUGUGCUGUAUCCUCCUCCAGAGUCAGGGUCAUGUCCAGAGAACCCUCUCUCAGACCUCCGUCCAGGAAAGAUCGUAGGUCCCCGACACCCAUGGGUCCCCCGCCGGCACUCAUCGACCAGCUGUCGGACCGUAAGGUUAAAGUGGGCGACAAGGCCAGGUUAAGUGUUAAAGUGGAGAUGCCACCGGAAGUGAUGUCAGUAACGUGGUACAACAACGGGAGGAAGAUAGAGGCGAGUGAUAAGUACCGCUUAAGUGACGAGGGCGGGGGGCGACACAUGCUGGAGAUCCACCCCACCGAGAUAGGUGACGACGGAGAGUGGAAGGCCGUUAUUAAAAAUGACGGAGGUUAUACUUCCUCAACCUGUAAAAUAACUUUAACAGUUCCCCGAAAUUAUCGCUCGCCCCGGUUCUUGGACAACCUGAGGGCGUUACUGACAGAGGAGGGGUUGGUGUCGUUCGAGUGUAAGGUGGUAGGCUACCCGACCCCUAUCUUACAGUGGUUCAAGGAUGGCCAGGAGCUGAAACCUGGCGAUGUUUACCAACUGUCCGGCACCAAUUCCUUGGGCAAGUAUUCCUGUAUCGCCAGGAACUGUAUGGGUGAGGCCCAGUCCACGGCCGAGCUCACACUUGAAGAUAUUAAAUCCCACUUGAACGAGGAGGAGAAGGAACAGCUUCUCGCCACCAAUAUUCCACCCAGGUUCAUCCAGGGACUGAAGAGCAGAGACGUCAAGAUCGGUGACCCCAUCAAGCUGACGGUGCAGGUGACGGUGACGCCUACCCCUGUUGUGACGUGGUACCAUGAGGACGAGAUCGUUGCUGAGUCCUCCAAGUACCACCUCUCUCACAACGACCCCGGUGUGUUCAACCUGGAUGUGUCCUGCCUCGAGGUCACUGAUCAGGGAGAGUGGAAGUGUGUGGCCAGCAACGACUACGGUCACAGCGUCACGGCAGCGUCGGUCAAGCUUGUCAUUCCUCGACACUACAAGAAACCCGUCUUCCUGGAGCCCCUGAGGGCGGUGCUCUCCCAAGAGGGAACUGUCAACCUGGAGUGUAAGGUGAUCGGCGUACCUCAGCCGGUGCUUAAGUGGUACAAGGACGGUACAGAGCUGCAGCCCGGCGACAUACACAGGAUUAUCAGCGGGGAGGACGGCACCUGUUGCCUCGGCACCUACACCUGCGAGGCCUUCAAUGUUAUGGGGUCGUCCUCCUCCUCCGCCGCGCUCCUGGGCUUCGAGGAAGGCGAGUGUCAAGAACAGGUAAUCCCUGGUCAUGGCGGGGCGCGGGGACCUGGUUUCUCAGACUUAGAACCUGCGUCGUCAGUGAGACAUGUACCCACAGUGAGACAUGUACCCACAGUGAGACAUGUACCCACAGUGAGACAUGUACCCACAGUGAGACAUGUACCCACGGUGAGAUUUGUACCCACAGUGAGACAUGUACCCACGGCCUUGAGCGUCUUAUCUGGUGUCCAAAAUGUAAAUAUUACCAAGAGUGGAGUAGCCGGUGUGCCCCGGGAACAGGCAUGGAAACCCUACCACCAGAAAGAUCUAACAUCCCUGGAAAAGGUGCAGCACAGAGCGACUAUGGUGAUUCCGGAACUGUCACCUCGAUUAUCCAAGUCGACUGAGGGCUUUAAGACUAACAACCCUUCAGACAAGACACAAUAG